AUGGGGCAAGUCUCUAGCCGGAAAGACUUUGACUGGGUAGAAAUUGAGGAACCUCACAAGACGAGGCGCAAACUAAUUUUAGAAGCCCACCCAGAGAUAAAAGAAUUGAUGGGACAUGAUCCAUCUCUGAAGUACAAAGUUACCAUUAUGGUCCUUGUGCAGUUGAUUUCAGCCUAUUAUCUGAGGGAUUCACAUUGGUCUCUCAUCCUUGUUACAGCUUAUUGCUGGGGAGGUGUCAUCAACCACAGCAUGGCACUGGCUAUUCACGAAAUAUCGCACAACAUGGCAUUUGGUCAUUUCUAUCCAUUUGCUAAUCGUUUAUUUGGUAUUUUUGGCAAUUCAGUGAUGGGUAUACCUUAUUCCACCAUGUUCAAGAAGUACCAUUUAGAACAUCACAGAUACCAAGGGGAUGAAUACCUCGAUGUUGACAUACCUACAAAAUUUGAAGCAAUAUUUUUCAACAGGACAUUAACAAAGCUGAUCUGGGUCAUUUUACAACCAUAUUUUUAUGCCAUCAGACCACUUUUCAUUCGUCCAAAACCGAUCACCUCUUUGGAGAUUAUCAAUUUCACAUUUCAAUUUGCAUUCGAUGUCAUCAUUUACCAUUUUUUUGGUUUCAAAUCUAUGAUGUAUCUGAUCGUUGGGACCCUGCUUGCUAUGGGAAUGCACCCACUAGCUGGCCAUUUCAUUUCUGAGCAUUAUGUUUUUAAGGACGGAUUUGAAACUUACUCUUACUAUGGUCCACUUAAUUUAUUGACAUUCAACGUUGGCUAUCACAAUGAACACCAUGAUUUUCCUAACAUUCCUGGAUGCAAGUUACCACUUGUAAAAAAAAUAGCUCCAGAAUUUUAUGACAACCUGCCCUGUCACAAUUCGUGGGUGAAGGUCAUCUACGAAUUCAUAACCAAUCCAAACAUUGGACCGUAUGCCAGGAUUAAGAGGAGGAACAACAACAAUGUCCUUGGCAAUGAUAAAGAUGAAUGA